AAACAGAAGACUAAUGAUGACACUGGAUGCUGUACCUGCGGUGGUGGAUUUGCCGACGCCACCUUUCCCUGAAGCCACCACGACGACCUGCUUGACCCCCGUGAUGGGCUUCUGUUUGGGGAGACCUUUCGCCAUCUGCUGCUUCUGCCUCUCCUGUAACGCCUUACUGUCCACCGCCCGCUGGGAGAGACACACACAGGUACACGAGAUGACGGAGGCACGCGCUGUUUCUGCUUCUGGAGGUCUCGCGCUGCUGCAGCAGUGUCUGCGGGCAAAACUGCAGGUGAAACCAGAAGAGGAGCAAGAAGAGGCUCAGUUUGUCCAGAUCGACAGAGGAAUGGUGAUCUACAUCUGCUUCUUUAAAGGAGCCACAGACGACAUCCUGCCCAAAAUGAUGUCCUCCCUCCUGAAUCUGCGUCUGUGUGAGUCCGUCUCGGGAAAGAUGGUGUCGGUGCUGGAUCUCCCCGGCAGUGUGCUGAUCGUCCCUCAGGCCACGCUGGGAGGAAAGGUCAAAGGUCGAGCCAUGCAGUACCACAACAACAUCGGCAAAGAGGACGGGAAGCGACUGUACGACGCCUUCGUGUCUCUGUGUGAGAAGGAAGUGACUUCAGAGGAAGUGACGGUGAAACACGGGACGUACGGAAACAGACAAGUGCUGAACAUGGACACAAACGGACCGUACACUCACCUGAUGGAGUUCUGAGGAAAUGAAGCUUUGAUUGUGACAUUUAGAGCCUUAGUUAGUGUCUGAGUAUCUACCAACAGGCUGGAACCAGUGGAUGAGACUAUAUGGGUCGAGAGCGGCACAAUAACUUGAUCAUCAGAAAAAAAAAGUGCUACUAUUUUGUAUAUUGAGUGAUGCAGUUGAUGCAGAAAAAUUGCAUAAAAUGCGGUUUUCUGCCUCAAAUAUGGACUUUCCCUGCUUGUCUCUGUUUGAUGUUAUAGUAAAAAUGAUUAUGUAAUGACUUGGA